AUGCCUUCUUUGACUUCACCAGACCAAGGAAAUGACCUGGAGGCCUGUCUUUUAAGAUUUUCAGACUUGGAUUUGAAAGACACAAUUAUUAUGAAUCCCAGUAGCAGUCUUAAAGCAGAGCUAGAUGUCAAUACAAAGAAGAAAUACUCAUUUGCAAAGAAAAAGGCAUUUGCCCUUUUUGUCAAAACCAAAGAAGUUCCAGCAUCAUCUUAUAAAUGCAAAGAAAUAUGGUGGAAAUGCUAUCAGCAACUGUUCACGGGCCCCACUAGCAUCCAUAGACACGUGGCAACACAGCAUGCUGAUGAGAUUUGGCACCAGACUGCUUCUGUUUUAAAGCAGCUCACUGUGGCAUCGAGCACCUCGAAGAGCCUUAAGUCUGCCGACAAAAGGAACCCCCCAAAAGAGUGCCUUACUCGAAACCAUGAAGUGUCUGCUUGGCUCCCUGACAUUAGUUGCUUUAGCCCUGAUGAGCUGAUAAGUGGCGAGGGCAGUGAUGAAGGAGAGGUGUUACUUUAUUACUGCUAUCGUGCUCAGUUUCAUCUCCUUCUGGCAACCCUAUUAUGUCCGCCAGCUCUGUGUCGGCACCUGCACCUCACAGGCAAGGUGCGAAUUGCUACCAAAGGAAUCAAUGGGACAGUUGAUGGAAGCAAAUUGGCCACCAGACCCUAUGUGGAAGUCAUGCUUUCCUGCCCAUUGUUUAAAGAUUAUCUGAGUGAGGAUGAUUUUAAGACCAGCAAAGGAGGAGCUUGCUUUUUUCCAGAGUUGCAUGUUGGUGUAUUUGAAGAAAUUGUGCCUAUGGGGAUCAGUCCCAAUAAGAUCUCCUAUAAAAAGCCUGGAAUCCAUUUAUCCCCAGGUGAAUUUCUUAAAGAAGUAGAAAAGUUUUUGUCUCAGGCAAAUCAAGAACAAAGUGAUACUAUCCUCCUAGACUGCAGAAACUUCUAUGAAAGCAAAAUAGGAUGCUUCCAGGGCUGCUUAGCCCCAGACAUCAGGAAAUUCAGUUACUUCCCUAGCUAUGUUGACAAAAACCUAGAACUUUUCAGAGAGAAGAGGGUACUGAUGUAUUGCACUGGGGGCAUCCGUUGUGAGCGGGGUUCUGCUUACCUCAAAGCCAAGAAUGUUUCAUACUGUGGAGCCCCAUGGGACCAGUAUAAACUCUGCUCCACUCCCCAGUGCCGCCAGCUCGUCUUGACCUGCCCCGCCUGUCAAGGACAAGGACUCACAGCCUGUCGUAUCACAUAUCAAGACAAAGGGAAAAGGCCAGCUUCAAGCCCUACCCAGAACAGCUUUAAAGAGGAAUGUGACUGUACAGCCCGACGGCCACGCAUACCCAGUGCUUCCACACAGGCGCUACCCCCCCUGAGCCCAGAGCCAAGACCUGAUGUUGCUGAGGAUGGGCCCUGCUUGUGUGAGUGGCACCGGCAGCAUUUUCCUGAGGCUUCACAAAGCUAG